UGUGCGCGUCGUUUUCUUCGGCAGAAUCAGUGAGUCUCUGACCCUGUCCCUCCCCGCUCUCACUCCCUGCUCUCCCUGGAGCUCUCCUUGUACUUUCUCCAUUUCACACCCUCUAGUUCUCUCUCUCUAUCUUUCUCUCUAAAUGGGCGAAUCUAGCUGGCGGAGAUGAAGAUUACCGGAAAGACGCAACUCCCGUUGACAUUCCCGGCGAACCUCUCGUACAAAACCCUAAACCCGUCCCAGCACUCAGAUCUCCAAGACAAGCCCAUCGCUCGCAAGCCUUCCCGGCGACUAACCGGGAGUCCAACCCGUGUGAAGAGAAACGGAGCUCCUUCCGGGCGUAGGAGCCGGCCUGAGACCCCGUUGCUCAGGUGGAAAGUCGAUGGCGUCGACGGUAAGCGAAACGAGCGAGCUGAGGAGGACCAGACGUCGUUACGAGAAUGUCGUCGGAGAACUCGCCGGAGGGGACUUCAGGACGUCACCGUGUCGGCAAGGAAGCUUGCCGCGGGACUUUGGCGGUUGCAGCUUCCCGAGGUUGCUGCCGGUGCCGGCGAAACGGACGGUGUCUUGCGGGGCGAGGCUCAGCUAGGGCGUCAGCAUGGUGUUGGCCAUGUAAACAUUCCCUUUCUGUGUCAUCCUAGUGGCAAAGCUUGUGGUUCUGAAGCAAAGGAUCUCUUACAAAGCCCUAGUUCCAUUGCUGGUGCCAAGAACGGAUUCUUGUGCAAGUUGGAACCUUCAUUUCAGAUCCCAAACUCUGCAAUGGAGGGGGCAACAAAGUGGGACCCUGUCUGCUUUAAUACAUCAGAUGAAGCGCAACAGAUUUACCGUCACAUGAAGCUCCUAGACCAAAAAAUAAGUGCUGUUUCAUUAGUACCUACACUUGAAGCUGAAUUAGAGCGUGCUCGAGCCCGCAUUCAGGAGCUUGAGACUGAGCGCCGAUUCAAAAAAAAACUAGAGCACUUCUUGAGGAAAGUCAGCGAGGAAAGGGCCUCAUGGCGGAGCAGGGAGCAUGAGAAAAUCCGUGCAUUUAUUGAUGAUUUGAAAGCUGAAUUGAGCAGAGAAAGGAAAAAUCGCCAGAGAUUUGAAAUUAUGAAUUCCAAAUUGGUUAACGAGCUGGCUGAUGCCAAAUUAUCAGCGAAGCGAUAUAUGCAGGACUAUGAAAAAGAAAGAAAGGCCAGAGAAUUAAUUGAGGAAGUAUGCGAUGAGCUUGCAAAGGAGAUUGGAGAAGACAAGGCUGAAGUUGAAGCUCUAAAGAGAGGGUCCAUGAAACUCCGAGAGGAAGUGGAGGAGGAAAGGAGGAUGUUGCAGAUGGCUGAGGUCUGGCGUGAAGAACGUGUUCAGAUGAAGCUAGUCGAUGCAAAGGUGGCCCUUGAUGGGAAGUAUUCACAGAUGAGCAAGCUUGUAGCUGAGCUAGAGAAAUUUCUGAGGUCAAGAAGUGUAAGUCCAGAUGUGAAGGAGAUGAGAGAAGUGGAGAUGCUUCGACAGGCUGCUGCCUCUGUGAAUAUUCAAGAUAUCAAGGAGUUUUCUUACGAACCCCCCAAUCCAGAUGAUAUUUUUUCUGUAUUUGAAGAUGUUAAUUUUGCCGAAUCCAAUGAGAGGGAGAUUGAGCCGUGUGUUGCUUUCAGUCCCACCAGCCCUGCCUCCAAAAUACAUACCGUAAGUCCUGAGGUUAAUGUAAUUAACAAGGACAGCAUUCAGAGACAUUCUAAUACAUUUGUUGAUGAGAAUGGUGACAUCGAAGAGGAUGAAAGUGGGUGGGAAACUGUAAGCCAUCUUGAGGAUCAGGGCUCAAGUUAUUCACCAGAAGGGAGUGCCCCAUCUGUCAACAAGAAUCAUCGAGACAGUAAUGUCUCAAGGAGUGGAACAGAAUGUGAGGAAAAUGCUGGUGAAGAAACACCAAUUACCGAAAUCAGUGAAGUCUGCUCAGUGCCAACGAGACAGUUGAAGAAGGUUGCAUCCAUAGCACGACUUUGGAGAUCAUGCCCAAGUAAUGGUGAAAAUUACAAGAUCAUCUCUGUAGAGGGUACGGAUGGUAGACUUUCAAAUGGAAGGAUAUCCAAUGGGAGUAUCAUCUCUCCCGAUAGGGGCUCAGGUGAAGGCGGGAUUAGUCCUGCGGAUUUGGCGGGGCAGUGGAGUUCUCCCGAGUAUGGGAAUCCUCACGGAACUAAAGGGAUGAAAGGGUGCAUUCCUCGCAGCACACAGAAGAGUAGUUUGAAGGCAAGGCUUUUGGAGGCAAGGAUGGAAAACCAGAAGGUCCAAUUGCGCCACGUUCUUAAACAGAAGAUUUAGACAGGACAACACGGAGCUUGCUUGGCAUGGUUACUGACAAAGCCAAGUGGAAAUAAGUAGCUUCAUUGCCACCUUGGAAGGUACCCAUUCGAAACUGCUCAGAGGUUAUUGUUAGGGAGAUCCGAAGCAGGAGCCGGUGAAUAAAUGCAUGUGAUUGACCAAGUGGAAACUCUCAUUUUCUGGUUCUCCAGUCUUCGCUUGCAAUCGAUCAUCCACUCCAGAAAAGUUAUGUUUCGUAAUCCUGCAGAUCCCCAGGGAAUAGCGAUCUUCAAAAGGAACAGUCAGGUUAUCUUCUGUCAUGAGUAGCCGCCGCGUCUUCGCUUCGCUAGGAUGCAGGAAUCAUUCCCCUUGCAAGUAUCCGGAGAACAAACAAUGCAAUUUGUAAUGUAUAAUUUUAAAGUCAAGACACUAUUUAAGGAAAACAAAUGCAUGGUAGGGAUUGAAAUGA